AUGGUGUCAGUUCACCCAUCUGAUAGGGACGUUCUUCGUUUUCUCUGGGUAGACAGUUUAGAUGACGAGCAGCCAAAAAUUAUUACUUACAGAUUUUCUCGUGUUGUUUUUGGGAUUACAUGCUCACCGUUUCUGCUAAAUGCAACCUUGAAAAAGCACAUUGAAAGCUAUUCUACAGAUUACCCUGAGGUGUGUAAUAAACUUCUUAAUUCGCUUUAUGCUGAUGACGUAAACUCCGGAGGACAUUCUAUCGAAGAAGUUUUAAAUCUUUAUGAAAUAUCUAAAAACCUCAUGCUUGAAGGAGGUUUUCGACUCCGAAAAUGGCAGUCAAACUCUAAAGAAGUUAGGGACAAAAUCGAAGAUUUUGAAUCCAAUUCUAGCGAAUGCAUAGAAAACAUUUUACCUACAACAGAAGAAAACCAAUCUUUUGCGAAGUCAAGUUUAUUUAUGGAAGAAAUUGAUAACAAAUCAAAAUGUGUAAAGGUCUUAGGGCUAAACUGGGAUCUCGAAGAGGAUGUCUUUGAGUUCAAGCUGUCAGAACUUGCAAAGUUCGCUGCCGAAUUGAUUCCUACCAAGCGCAAUGUAUUGAGGCUAGUUGCAAAGGUAUUCGAUCCUCAAGGUUUCAUUUCACCUGUGACUACUCCUCUGAAGGUGUUUUUACAGAAACUCUUUAAGGCAAAAUUGUCUUGGGAUGAAACAUUACCUGAAGCACUUGACAAAGAAUGGAAAUUUCUCAUCUCCAAAUUAGAUAAAGUAGAAUCUAUUUUUGUACCAAGGUACUAUUUUGGUUCCAUCGAUGGGAAACCUGACCUCGUCGAACUUUUCGGCUUUUGCGAUAGUUCUGAAAGUGCUUAUGUAGCGUCGGUAUAUGCUAAGAUAACUGUCAACGGAAAAAGUCACGUGAGCUUGGUUAUGUCUAAAUCAAGGGUAGCACCUUUAUCUAAAACAUCCAUUCCAAGACUAGAGCUGCUAGCUUGUCUAACUCUUGCACGAUUAAUCGAUUCUGUGGAAAAUUCACUAAGUCCUGUUGUUAAAACUAAAGUGGUCAAAUGUUGGACAGAUUCGAUUUCAGCACUCUAUUGGAUAUUGGGAGAAGGAAAGGAAUGGAAGAUAUUUGUUGAAAACCGUGUCCAAGAAAUCAGAAAAUUGGUCAAUCCUAACCUCUGGUCACACUGCCCAGGAAAGGAAAAUCCUGCAGAUGUUCCUACUCGCAAUUAUGACGUCACGAAACUGCAAAUGAAUGAUCUUUGGUGGUCAGGUCCAGAAUGGUUAAAAGAAGAUCCUGGAAAUUGGCCUAUCGUUGAUCGUCAAGAUGAAAUGCCGCAGGAAUGUCAAGAGGAAAUCCGUAAAAAUAAUGUCUCACAGGAGAAGUCCAGCACGGUUUUGCUAGCUGAUGCUGUGCAGAAAAAUUCGUUGAGAAAUGUAAUCAAGUUAGAGAAUUUCAGCAGCAUUUCACGCCUCUAUCGCGUUACUUCAUACGUACUGCGUUUCCUUCAUAACUGCAGAAAGAAAAGUCAAAAAUUCGAUGGAGAGCUUUCAGCUGAAGAGAUGGCGAAGGCAGAAUUGUUUUGGAUCAAAGAAGUUCAAAAUGAUAUUUCUAAACACGAGAACAAGCAGUUUGAGCGGCAACUAGGUAUUUUCAAGGACGAAGUCGGAAUUAUUCGUUGCGGAGGUCGUCUUAGUAAUGCAGACAUUCCUUUUGAAAGCAAAUUCCCAGCACUACUUCCCAGAGAAAAUCAUCUUACAAAGUUAGUGAUACAGGAUUGUCACAAGCAUGUCUUUCACGGUGGCGUGAAGGAAACUCUUUUAGAAUUACGUAGUCACUUCUGGAUAGUAAAGGGACGUCAAAUUGUCAAGAAAGUUAUCGGCAAGUGUACUCUCUGUAAAAGGUUACAAGGAAUGUCCUAUGGAAAUCCUAAAACCGCGAACUUACCGAGCUUCAGAGUGGAAGAUUCUUUCCCAUUUACUUCAGUCGGAGUUGAUUUUGCCGGCCCGUUGUAUGUUAAGAGUGAUCAGAAGCAGAUGAAGAAGGUAUACAUCACGCUCUUCACAUGUGCUACUUCUCGCGCUGUACACCUUGAACUAGUCGACGAAUUAUCAGCUGAUGCGUUUCUAAUGUGUUUUCGUCGAUUUGCUGCACGUAGAGGCAUACCGUCUCUAGUCGUAUCAGACAACGCUAUGACAUUUAAAUCUGCAUCAAAGAGGCUCGUGAAACUAUUUCAACUACCAGAAUUAAGGAAAUUUUUCGCAGAACGAAGAAUCAGUUGGAUGUAUAAUCUACCCAAGGCCCCUUGGUGGGGUGGGUUUUUUGAGAGAUUGGUCAAAAGUACAAAAUCGUGUCUGAAGAAGGUUGUAGGAUCUGCAAAGUUAAAUCGUAAUGACUUGAACACUGUUCUUGUCGAGAUAGAAGCUGUCCUAAAUUCGCGUCCUUUGACUCAUUUGUAUCCUGAAGAUAUCUCUGAGCCUUUAACACCAUCACAUCUACUUAUGGGUAGACGUCUCAUUUCCUUGCCUUAUUCGGUAGCGAGAGAUUCUGAAGAUCAACAAGAAUGGGGAACGAAAGAUAACCUAACUAAAAGAAUAAAAUAUCUCUUGUUAACUCUCGAGCACUUUAAAGUACGUUGGAAGAAAGAAUAUUUAUCAGAACUUCGCGAGCAUCAUCGCAAUCUCAAACGCGAUGAACAUCGAUCUUCCAUACAUCAAGGUGAUAUAGUCACCGUGCACAACGAAAAUAAGUCUAAUCGCCUAUUCUGGAAUCUCGGAAGAAUCAAAUCGUUGAUUUUUGGAAGAGACAAUGAAAUUCGUGGUGCAAAUGUACAACUGUCAAACGGAAACGUUAUAGCUCGACCGUUACAGAAAUUAUUUCCACUCGAAGUGACAUGCUCUGAACCUUUAGUUCCGUUACAAAGUCACGACAUGAACAAUUCUCUAAGGACACGACCCCUUCGAACAGCAGCAGUUGUUGGUGCGGAGAAGAGACGUUUAAUUGACCAGUAUUUAACUGGCCAAGGGGGGAGUGUGAGCGAACCAUGA